AUGUUUGUAUUUCCCCCGUCUUGACAGUGGUGCUUGGAGCCGAGAGGGUCAGGGGGAGGAGAGGAAAGGGAGUGGAGCGAGAAGACGACAGGAGGAGAUCCACCACCACAGGGUGACCAAUUUAACCGGACCAUCCUUGGACAGCUAACGUUAGGCUAUGGUCCUCCACCCUGGCCGCUCCGACCGAGAACCACACCGAAUCGGAUUGUCUGCUGCGGUCCUAUCGGGGAAUAGAAAAAGAAGAUGAACACGACCCAGCAGAAGCCGUGGAGAUAGACCUGGCCACAGAGAUUGGUCUUCUCACUAACCUUGGUCUCUGAUCACUGACCCUGGCCCAAACAUCUGAAGCAUUGUGAAGUGACUGGUGCGCCUUUUGACCCAAUCUAGUCACUCCCACCCUGUGGCCCUGUAGUGUGGCCUCUACAAACCCCUCCUCACUACUUCAAAAUUUUGUCCACGGGGAUAAAUGAGUGAACCGGCUGCAAGGGAAAGGGCUGGGACAUGUACCAGAACCCCAACAGAAUGUCCUGGUUCAGUGGUUUCCUAGUCGCAAGAGUGGACGACCGCAAGACUGCGUGGGGGGAGCGCAAUGGCAAGAAGUCCAAACGGAAAGGAGGCUCAUCUCUCUGCAACCCGCGUUACAUGAGCUGUCUGCGGGACCCAGAUGCUAUGGAGCCCCCCUCUGGAGCGCCCCUCCAUCAGCACCACCGCGGAGGGGUGACUGGGGCCCUGGGAGGUGGGGGAAACUUCGGUGUCCGUUGCGGAUGGCAGGAGGACCACUACGGCAAAAGAGUUGGGGCUCCCGGAGAAGGGGUGGGGCUGAAAUCGGUCAACUUGGGCUUUGAGGAUGCCGCGUUAAAAGGGAGGAAAGGGGGAUGUAAUGGAGGAAGCGGUGAUAUGGGCGAUGACGGGUCCAAUGGGGCAGCAGGGGUGGUGACGGCUGCAGACUGCUGGCUCAGGGUAGUGCAGGUUUUCCAGUCAAAAAAAUUCCAGUCCCGCAAACUGGAGCGCCUAUACCAGCGUUACUUCUUCAGGCUGAACCAGAGCUCCUUGACCAUGCUCAUGGGGGUACUUGUGAUUGUGUGCGGCAUCAUGCUGACCUUCCACUGUGUCCAUGCCGCCCCUCACGUGGCUUAUUCGUCAGCCCUGUCGGUCGCGAUGGCGCUCUUCAUGGCUCUUAUGGUAGUGUGCAACCGCAACGGCUUCCACCAGGACUACAUGUGGAUGGUUAGUUACCUGGUGAUUGGAGUCUUGCUGUCUGUACAGGUGUUCGGGGUGCUCAUGGUGGCACCCAGGAGCGCCUCAGAAGGCAUCUGGUGGUCAGUGUUUUUCAUCUACAUCAUCUACACUCUGCUACCUGUGAGGAUGAGAGCGGCGGUGCUAAGUGGAGCAGUGCUGUCCAUUAUACACGUGGUCACCACCUGGCAGAUCAAUCAGGAAGACCAGUUCCUCUGGAAACAGGUGAGCGCUAAUGUCCUGAUCUUCCUGUGCACUAACAUAAUUGGUAUCUGUACCCACUACCCCGCUGAGGUUUCCCAGAGACAAGCCUUCCAGGAGACAAGAGGAUACAUCCAGGCCAGACUACACCUGCAGAGGGAGAAUCAACAACAGGAACGUCUGUUGCUUUCAGUGUUGCCAAGGCACGUUGCCAUGGAGAUGAAGGCUGACAUCAAUGCCAAGAAGGAAAACAUGAUGUUCCAUAAAAUCUAUAUCCAGAAACACGACAAUGUCAGUAUUCUUUUUGCAGACAUUGAGGGUUUCACCAGCCUGGCCUCUCAAUGCACGGCUCAGGAGCUGGUCAUGACACUCAAUGAACUCUUUGCCCGUUUUGACAAGCUGGCAUCGGAGAACCACUGUCUACGUAUUAAAAUUUUGGGUGAUUGUUACUAUUGUGUGUCUGGACUGCCUGAACCCCGGGCUGACCACGCCCACUGCUGUGUGGAGAUGGGCGUCGACAUGAUAGAGGCGAUCUCGCUGGUGCGCGAGGUGACAGGGGUCAACGUUAACAUGCGCGUUGGGAUUCACAGUGGGCGUGUGCACUGCGGUGUGCUUGGUCUCAGGAAGUGGCAGUUUGACGUGUGGUCAAACGAUGUCACGCUGGCCAACCACAUGGAGGCGGGAGGCAAAGCAGGGCGGAUCCACAUCACUAAGGCCACCUUGCAGUAUCUUAAUGGAGACUAUGAGGUGGAACCAGGUUUUGGAGGUGAGAGGAAUGCGUAUCUGAAGGACAACAGCAUCGAGACCUUCCUGGUUCUCGGCUGCAGCCAGAAACGGAAGGAAGAGAAGGCGGUGAUGGCUAAGAUGCAGAGGACGAGAGCCAACUCUAAUGAGGGGCUGAUGCCACGCUGGGUCCCCGACAGAACCUUCUCCAGGACCAAAGACUCUAAAGUCUUUAGACAAAUGGGAAUUGAUGAGACCUCCAGUAAAGACAACCGUUGUGUUCAGGAGGCGAUGAACCCGGAGGACGAGGUGGAUGAAUUUUUGGGGCGAGCUAUUGACGCUCGCAGCAUUGACCAGCUAAGAAAAGACCACGUUAAGAAGUUCCUGCUCACCUUCCAGACAUCUAGCCUGGAGAAAAAGUAUUCCAAGAAGGUGGACGAUCGUUUUGGAGGCUAUGUUGCGUGUACUCUACUAGUAUUCUGCUUCAUAUCCUUCAUACAGAUUGUUAUCUUUCCACACACCCCAGUCAUGCUGGGAAUCUACAUUAGUAUCUUUGUCAUACUCGCCAACAUCCUUUUCAUCUGUGCCAUAUAUUCGUGCAUCAAGCUCUUUCCAGCUGCAAUGCAGACUGUUUCAAAGAAGAUUGUCCAGUCGCGCACCAACAGCACCCUGGUUGGAGUAUUUACCAUUAUCCUCGUCUUCAUCUCUGCCUUUGUUAAUAUGUUUGCCUGUGACACCAAGAGCUUGGCACAAUGCGUAGCCGAGAAGCUGAACACCUCUGCAGCGCUGGUGACGCCCUGUUUGAUCCGCACCUUGAAUGUGUCCAUUGAAGGGGGUCUGGAGAUCUGUUCUAGCGAAGGCCCCUCCUGCCCUUUUCCUGAGUAUUUCAGCUACAGUGUGCUGCUGACGCUGCUGGCUUGCUCAGUGUUCCUGCAGAUCAGCAGCAUAGGGAAGCUGGCCCUCAUGCUGCUCAUCCAGCUCACCUUCCUGCUGCUGGUGGAGUGGCCACAAGUAGCACUUUUCGACAACGCAGACCUCUUUGUCACCUCCAAUGCCAUUGAUUUAAAUGAAACUAGCGCUCAAUGGUCCAGUUUCAAUGAAACUACAAACCAGUGCCCAUUUGUUGUGACAAAAGUGUCCCUGAGGGUCAUGACUCCAGUGAUCCUCACAGUCUUUGUCCUGGCACUGUACCUGCAUGCCCAGCAGGUUGAAUCUACUGCACGCCUAGACUUCCUGUGGAAAUUACAGGCCACAGAGGAGAAAGAGGAGAUGGAGGAACUGCAAGCCUACAAUCGUCGCCUCCUCCAUAAUAUUCUGCCUAAGGACGUAGCCGCUCACUUUUUGGCGCGUGAGCGGCGUAACGACGAGCUAUACUACCAGUCCUGUGAGUGUGUGGCCGUCAUGUUCGCCUCCAUCAGCAAUUUCUCUGAAUUCUACGUGGAGCUGGAGGCCAACAACGAGGGAGUGGAGUGUCUCCGGCUGCUCAACGAGAUCAUUGCUGACUUUGAUGAGAUCAUCAGUGAAGAGAAGUACAGGCAGCUAGAGAAGAUCAAGACCAUUGGUUCCACCUACAUGGCGGCCUCCGGUCUCAAUGACUCCACUUACGACAAGGAGGGCCGUUCACACAUUAUUGCACUGGCCGACUACGCCAUGAGACUGAGGGAGCAGAUGAAGUACAUCAAUGAGCAUUCCUUCAACAACUUCCAGAUGAAGAUAGGUCUGAACAUUGGACCAGUGGUAGCAGGGGUUAUUGGUGCACGGAAGCCUCAAUAUGAUAUUUGGGGAAACACUGUCAAUGUGGCCAGUCGUAUGGACAGUACAGGUGUACCUGACUGCAUACAGGUGACUACAGACCUCUACCAGGUGCUUGCCAACAAAGGGUAUGUGUUGGAGUAUCGUGGGGUGGUCAAGGUCAAAGGGAAAGGCGAAAUGACAACCUACUUCCUGAAUGAUGGCCCGCCGAACAGUUAGCAACCAUGGCAGCAGUACAUAUUGGGAUGUUCCCCACUGCAAGGACACAGCACCACUGAGUGAGGACUCACCGUGUGAGAGAAUGGCUUGAAUCCCAAGUAAGGAGG